AUGUUAAACCAUUUAGUUUGCGGCAGUUUCCAACACCAAGAAGAUCUUGAACUACCAUGUUCAUCUCCCAAAUCAAAAUCCAAGAGAAAAGACAACCCCUACGCUUCACGAGGCUUAGACAAAUUCUCCACCCUUUUAUCCGAACUUGAUCAACGAAGAAAGAAAGUUUACUCACAAAUGAACCCUCGUGAUAUAUCUUUUGUUCGUUUUACAUAUUCAAACGACAACGAUUUCGUUCCGAUUGUUGUCAAACUGAAAAACAACAACCAGAAGAAACACAAGAGCGAAGAACAAGUUAAGGUAAGACAUGUUACGUCGUUCUCAGAACCGAUGGAUCAGAAACAUGUCGAAGAAACGAAGCAGUUACACCGGUUGGAAUCAUCUCAUCUUCGUGUUGAUGUUGAUGAUAAAUUUGAAAUGUUGAAGAGGCCUUCUUUCUAUGUGCCGGUUGUGAUGAUGUUGGUUUUGUUGAUGUUGACUGUUUUCGGAAGAUCUUUUGCAACGGUUUGUACGUGUAUUGUGUGGUAUAUAGUUCCUAUAUUGAAGGAUAGUUCGAAAGAGAAAUUGGUGAAGAAAAAGGAUUAUGUUGCUGAAGGGUUAGUUUCUCCUAGGAGUGGUGAAUCUGAUAAGAGAUCUGGAAAACAUAGCCACCAGAAAAGCUGGUGA